ACAGCAACUUCGAUGUUAUCAUGUUAUGCGUGUGUUUGGAUUGUUCGUCAAAUUUCCAGUUUUUUGCGUUUCCACUUUCUGCAACCCUGUUCUCUUGUUCGUCCACUCUUAUCUUACGGGAUUGUUUCCACAUGUUUAUUCUGCGUUGUGUGCUGCGAAGAAUCAUGAUGGCUGCGUCAGAACCUGUGAAUUUCUCCAUGAAAUCAGCUGACGCGCCAGUGCUGUGCUUUCCGCGAUUAGCAUGCGUCUUCCCGUCCGAACGUAGCAUGGCUUCUUCACCUGCAGACAGUGUUGGGCUGGAUGAACGAAUUAAUGAAGAUACAGCUGCGGAAGGUUCUGCACUGGUUAUGAAGCGUAAUGAUACAGACGAUGUGGGAGAAUUUUUCGCAGUUGCAGAGCGAGCCUGUAGUGAGAAGUCCGAGGCGAUAGUGUCUCUAAAAGAGCGCAUCAUUCAAAAGCGGUGCAGUACGGAAUUAACCAUCCUGCGGCAGCUGCACACGACGACUUCCGGUCGGCCGAAGAAGCCCAAACUGAUGCCCAAUUAUUUCCUGGCGGUGCCCGUCAGCAGUCCGCAGAUCCAUGCAGCCGCGCAGAACGCACAGGAAGACAUUGUCAGCGGCAGUCCGCAACUGCAGCCGGCGCUGAUUCCGCUGGCGACACUGCACGUCACGCUGAUGGUGAUGCGGCUGGAGAAUGCCGAGGAUGUCGCCAGAGCCUCCGCCACUCUGGACGCCAGCCUCCCCCAUCUGCGCGCGCUCUUCCCUUCCACAGCCACCCCGCUAUCCCUGUCCUUCCGCGGACUGGACCACUUCCGCCACCAGAUCCUCUUCAUCAGCCCAGUGGACGAUGACGCCCUGGCCCGUCUGCGCCUCCUAGCCGACACCCUGAACGAGCGCUUCGCCGCCGCCGGCCUGCCCUCCACCGACCCGCAGAAGGCCUUCACGCCGCAUCUGACGCUGAUGAAGUUGUCCCGCGCGCCGCAGCUGCGUCGCCACGGUGUCAAACAUAUCGAGCCGGCGGUGUAUGCCGCCCACCGGGAGGCGGUGUUCGGGGGUGAGAAGGUGUCAAAGGUGCAGUUGCUGGCCAUGACCCUGCCGAAGGAUAAGGCGACGGGGUAUUAUUACUGCGCCAAAGAGAUCAGUUUGUUCGAUGAGGAAUGAAGCGUACUUAUUUGUUUGUCUCGUAAUUCUUGACCGGUGAUUUUUGCGGUAUCGAUGUUUCUCUACUCACAGUGACAGGACAGUGUUGCACAUAUUUGUAAAAAUUUUCAACGGUGUGAUUGUUAUUACUUGUACAGCGGUUGUCAAUUUUAUAGUGGAGAUUUUCUGUUUUUAGUGUAAAGUACGAUCUUGUUGUGCGGCGGAAAAAAUUCUGGUAGAUCGGUUGUGGAGUUUGUUGUUUCUCAGUGUGCAGUAAAGAUCAGUGCA